AUGAACCAAACUCCAAUGAAUAAAAGGGACCGACAACGAUUCGUCUAUGGACUACUGAAAAACAAGUUGCCAAAAAAGGAAACUAUCUAUUCCCCAGCAACCAUCUGCGAUCUCCUGUAUUUCGGAGGACGCUACGGAUUCUCACAAGAAAAGGGACGUGAGAUUUGGUAUCUAAUCAAUACCCAUAACGAGAAACUCGGAAUAAAGGAACCAUUGUUGAAAGUUCUGGAGGCUGCACCGACAUCAAAUUCGGACGAGAUCAACGGGUCAGACCCCAGAGUAUUGAAUGGUACGAUAGGAGUUGUUUUCGCCAUUUCCCCUCCGUCUGGACCAGUGGCCUCCAUUUCCGUCAGAGUGGAGAACGGCAACGAAUACAAAUUUCGGCAGAUUCGGACGAACGGGCGCGGGGCUCUGUAUUGGCCAUUCCGUCCGUCCUAUGCAACAACAUUCCACAAGGUGCAGGGUAUGACACUUAGACACGUGUUCAUCGACACGCACCACACAAUGAUGGAUGGAAUGUUUUAUGUGGGCAGCAGCAGAGUUCGAGCGGCUUAA